AGGGUUCAAUUAGCAGUCUUCCAGAGGGUUCCAUCAAGGAGUGACUUCACUGGGGUCAGGGGAACUGUUCUGAUUGAUUCUGCAAAUAGCGAUAGCUUAUAAACAAUGAAUUACUGGAAUUUAUGCUCAACGAUGGCGGGACAUUCUAUGAAGUCGUAUGAUGUAUGUCUGUCUCACUGAUUUCGAUGCUUUCUCAGAUGGCGUCCUGGAAGGUCUCCCGCCGGACAAUGUUGAUUCCGUAUGGCUUGAAGAGUUUGCUGGAAUCUCUGUGUCGUGCGAUAAGAACUGAAGACCCACAGCACAUAGAACAGUUUAUCGCUGCGUAUUGCAAGGACCUCCUAGAGCACAGAGACCGUAUUGCAAAUACAGCCACUCCUUCCAGAGACCUUAGACAAGUCAUACAGCUUUACCAGAAAAUGCGAGAGCUUGACCAAGUUAUGAUGAUAAAUUGGCCAAUGCGAGGUUCUCCGGAGUCGGCCCAGGUCUGGAAACCAUCUGGGGAGCCUGCAGAGAUGUAUCAGAGAUGUGUCAGCCUUGUCAGCUGCCACCUUGCUGAUGACGCCUUGACUGUCAGUCAGAGUAUGCCUGUUCAGUCUUCCCUGGCGCAGCCCAAGAGCCCUGAGGACCUUCCCGCAGCUAGGGUUCAAUCAGCAGUCUUCCAGAGGGUUCCAUCAACGAGUGAUUUCACUGAGAUCAAGGGAACUGUUCUGAUUGAUUCUGCAAGGGCACCGCCUGCUGAUGUCAUCGUGGUUCACUCAGAGAACCUUCCGGGCACAAUAGUGUUCCACUGUGAAAGUCGCCCCAGUUCAGCUUCAUCUGUGAGGUCUUGUGGCACCAGGACACCCUCUGUGACUGACACAGAUGGGACAGAGGAGUGUGGUCUUGAGAUGGACUCGGAUGAGAUGGUGGUGUUUGAAAGAGUUCCCUCCAAGGAGGAUUUUCUUCCUCUUCAGUCUUCUGUGGAGGUGGAGUCCGGUAAGCUGCAGAAUUCAGAGAUUGUAGACGAGCCUCGCACCACAGUGGGACAAUAUCAUAGCUCAGAGGAGACGGAGGAGCAACAUGAAACACUGGAAGUGGCAGCCGCCCAAGAGUCAUCCAAGAUAAAGAAGGAGGUAUCAUCGAGACAAAGCCUGGUCAAGGUGUUCUCUGCUCAUAUGGUGAAAACUGAGGAUAGCGUUGAAAAGAUGGAUGACGGAUCAAAGCAAUCAGAUGGAGACAUGACACCCAGCACAUCUUCAGAGACGUCCAUUACAGUCAUAGAAUGUCCAGUUUCAUCUGAACCAACAAUGAAUGAUAUCAGAAGAACCGGUGAUAUUGAAGGUCCAAUUUUACACGCAACUGACAGUGAAGCAGAUUCACAUCUGGUGAUCUCUAAUGAUCUGUCUGACGUGUCUGGACUUAAAGAAACAACACCGAUGGCUGCCGAAGUGGAUAGGGCAGCUUCGACUGACAAAUACUUAAUCCUGGUAAAAGAAAUGGCAGAAGAAUGUGUAGCUGAGGCUGUGGAGUUAUUGUCUUCUGAAAGUCUACCAAACCAAACUGAAAGACACUCAUCUCCUAGAAUAUAUUCAGAGACAGUUUUUGUGCCAGGUGUGACUGCUGUGGAUGGAGUCACAUGGCAGGAUCUGCAAACACUUUCACCAGAUGCGUCACAGAGUGUCUCUCCAGACCCCUUGCUUCUAGCAGAGAUGCCACAAACUGUUAUAUCUGUGUCUGAAAGUGUUUCUCCUCUCUACACUGUGGAGAGAGAAGAGACAGCAGCCCAAGAACAAUCUGUUGAAGAAGCUCUCAUUGCCGCUGCUGCUGGAGUAUCAGUAUUACCAGCUGAAUGCUCAGGCACUGACAGAGUUGAAAGUACUGAAACAGCUUAUGUCGUCACAACGGAAAAUACUCCUCACAAGUCAUUAGAUGAAAGUGUGGUUAGUGUGACUCCUGUCCGAAGUCCCAUUCAGAUGAACAUGAAUGAGAUUGCUGAUGCAGAUGAUUUGAAUCUGGUCAAGGAAAUGCCAGAAUCUCUGGCAGAUAACUCUGAACUGUCACCUCUCGCACAAGUACACCCUGAGGAGAUGUUAGGAUUUCCAAGUGAUCAGACAAGCGCUGCUGGUGGGGAGUGUCCAAACACAACAGACACAGGGUUUAUAACAUCUGGCGGUAUACCCUGUCAGGAAGAUAGUUUGACAGAAACAAUGAAGACAACAGAAAUGGGGACAACCUCAAAAGUUUCUUCAGAGACAUCAGAGAUAUCUCAGACUGUUACAUCUGUAUUUGAGAAGGUUUCCCCUCUCUGCACUGUGGACGGAGGGGAGAUAGCAGUGCAAGAACCAUCUGUUGAAGACAUUCUCAAUGCUGCUACUGCUGUUUUGGUUGCUGUUGCUGCUGCUGCUGCAGUAGAAUCAGUGAUGCCCCCUGAAUGCUCAGGAAGUGACAAUGCUGAAUGUCUUGAAACAGUGCAGAAUGUUCUCAAAGAGGACAUGGGGUCUGUGCUAUCAAAACACUCAGGAGUCAACCUAGAUGCAAAGUCUGCAUCAGAGCCUGUAGACAAUGUGACCCCUAUCAAAAGUCCCAUUCAGGAGAACAUGAGUGAGACUGCUGAUGCUGAUGAUUUGGUCGAGGGGAUGCCUGAGUCUCUAGCGGACUACUCUGAACCGUCACCUUUCAGACAAGAGCAACCUGAGGAGACAGCAGACUCACCCGAUGAGCACAUUGUUCUGACAAGCCCUGCUGAUGAGGAUGGUCCUAAAGUAACCUACACUGAAUGCAUCACAUGUGACAGAGAAAAAGCAGAGGCAGCACUACAAGAACCAUCUGGUGAAGAUGCUCUCGGUGCUGUGGAAUCGGUAUUACCAGGAGGUAACAACGCUGAUGGUCCUGAAACAGCAGAGAAUGUGCUCCAAAAGGAUGUGGAAUCUGUAUCACCAAGAUAUUCUGGAACUGACAUCACAGAAGGGUUAGCUUCAGAACCAAUAGAAGACAAUGUGGACAACACAAGUCUUGUCAGUAGUUCCGAUGAGGAGAACAUGAGCGAGAUUACUGAGACAGCGACAGCUCAGUCCCAGACACGAACACUUUCUCCAGAUGCCUUUCGCAAAACAGAGGUACCUCAGACUGACACAUUGGAGGUAGACUGGACACUGGACACUGGACUGAACAGAGAAGAGGCAAAAGCUCAACAGCCAUCUGGUGAUGGAGCUCUUAGUGUCUCACCAGAUGUCAAGGGAAGCUUCUUGUUACAUCGUCCGUUUGAAUCCUCUGAAACUGAAACUUUUGAAAAGCUUGGAAUAGCAGAGAUUGUCGUCCCCCAGGACAUGGAGCUAGUUUCAGUAGGAUGUUCGAGAGACAUCACAGAAGGGUCUCUGUCUCAGUCAGCAGGAGACAGCAUAGACGACCACAGAGAGUCGUCUCCCACUGGGCCCAGUCUGGAGGCUACGAAUGAGAUCACUGAGACAGACUAUCUGAGUUUGGUCACGGAGGCAUCUGAUCACGUGUCACACAUCUUAGAACCAUCCCCUCUCAGAAAAGGUCUCUCUGAGGAGAGAAUGACUUCAGAGCUUUCAGUCGAUACACCUGCUCAGGUAUUCACUGCUAGUGAGGAAUAUCCAGGCGAAGUGGUCACCAUCUGUACAGGCCAUAUACCAUCCGCUAGAAUUCCCACUCAGGAAGAGGAUGUGAGUAUAUCAAGAGGAACAACAGACAGGGGGGCAUCCCCAAUCUUUUCCCCAAACACCUCUUCUGUGUCAGGUUGUGUGCAUGACACACAGGGAAAUCAGAGCCCUGCCUCAAGCAACCAUCUCCCUGGGCCUCCCAGCUCUGCUGAGGAGCAGCAACAACACACUCCGGAUUCUGUGGCUGAAAGGGGAACUUUGACCCCAUUCAAUUCUCCUGUCCUCAAAGGCUCGGUCAAUCAGAUGUGGACUUUAUACGAUCUACCCCACAGCAGUGAUGAGGGCACAUUGUGCACCAAUAUCCUGUCCCAGCCUCCUUUCAAUGGCAGAGCUUACAUUCACGCCUUUGGGCCUGGCCAUGUUCUACUGGCUGAGAGGUCUCCUCAACACUCUCGUCUUGACCUACAUCAGGCCUCAGAAGGGCAUGUAGAGGGUACGAUCCAGGCUUCUGACCUACAUCGACACAGAGCCCAAGACGUGGCCCCCACCGCUGAGGCCGCUUGCUCAGUUCACCCUUCAGCAUCGCUCCCGGACACAGGCACUCAGGAAAUCAUCCUCCCCAAUUACCUGUUGUGCGUCGAUGACAAGCAGGCGACGCCUCUCAUGGGGGCCCCCGGGGGCCCCGCUCAGUCGGUGAGGGUGAGACGAGAUGACGCCUCGGGGCUCCUGUCCCUCACCUUCCCCUCGGCCGUCCUUGGUGGUGCUCAGAGGAGGGGUGGUCAGUCCCAGUUUAUGCAGAUCACCACCGAUCAGGGCCACAGCGUCUACUCGCCCGCUGUGCUUCGGAUCGUCACACACCCUGCUGACCAAAACUAAACACAGAUUCACCCAGCUGAACCUCACCUACAAUUGCCAAUAAACCAGGGACAAAUGCAUAAACA